UGCCCGCCUGUUCCUUGGAAAAUGGAUUUUUUUAGUCUUUUCUCUUGAAAAGCUAGGGUGACUAAAUUUAGCAGAAUUGCUGUGUCAAAGUCAUUUUUUUCCUGGUUCAAUGGGAUUGAGGAGAUUAAGCAACACGAACGCUCUGGUGACUGGUAUUUGCUCCUCGGAAACCAGAAAACUUGUUCUUCCUGGACAAAAGUUUUCCGGUUUCUAGAAGGCGAAGAGGGAAAGGAAAAUGAAUUGCUUUCCUUGUUGUGGAGGUGGAGGUGGAGAUGAAGCUGGAGAAGAAGUCGACAACAACUGCAAGUCGUUCAAGAAGAAGAGCAAGCGGGAAUUUAAAGAAGGGAAUGUAUUAGCCAAUUUGAUCGCAACUAUUUCCUUUCGAUCCAACAGCGAUAGACAGAGGAAUAUGGCAGAAGAAAUACUUAAAUUGGGAAAUGGGGAAGCCACUAUUCAAGUCUUCACUUACAAUGAGCUGGCUGCAGCAACUAUGAACUUCAAGCCUGAAUCCCUACUGGGUGAAGGUGGCUUUGGAAGGGUGUAUAAAGGACGGAUUGAGAGUACUAACCAGGAUGUGGCUGUCAAGCAACUUGACCGAAACGGAUUGCAAGGAAACAGAGAGUUCCUUGUUGAAGUUUUGAUGCUGAGUCUUCUCCACCAUCCAAACCUUGUGAACUUAAUUGGGUAUUGUGCUGAUGGUCAGCAUAGGAUGUUAGUCUAUGAGUACAUGGCAUUGGGAUCUUUGGAAGGUCACCUUCUUGAUUUGCCACCAAAUAAGAAACCUCUGGAUUGGAUUACAAGGAUGAAAAUAGCUGAAGGUGCAGCAAAAGGGCUUGAACACUUGCAUGACACUGCUAAUCCCCCAAUAAUUUAUCGUGAUCUCAAAGCAUCUAACAUAUUAUUGGAUGAAAACUUCAAUCCAAAACUUUCUGAUUUUGGGCUCGCCAAAUUAGGCCCUACAGGUGACAGGAGUCAUGUCUCCACAAGAGUCAUGGGGACCUAUGGCUACUGUGCACCUGAAUACGCAAUGACAGGACAGUUGACAACAAUGUCAGAUAUAUACAGUUUUGGAGUUGUGUUUCUGGAGAUCAUCACAGGGAGAAGAGCUAUUGAUACUUCAAGACCUACAGCUGAACAAAACCUUGUUAUUUGGGCACAACCACUGUUUAAGGACAGAAGGAAGUUUACACUAAUGGCUGACCCAUUGCUUGAAGGGAACUACCCCGUUAAGGGUCUUUACCAAGCUCUUGCGGUUGCAGCUAUGUGUCUUCAAGAGGAAGCCAGCGUUAGACCUUUGAUAAGUGAUGUUGUAUCAGCUCUCGCAUAUCUAGCAGCUCCUAGUGAAGACGCUGAUGACUCAAACCCUCCUUCUCCUGAUAGAAAUAGCAGUGCAGAUGUUGAGGAUGGGGAUGGGGAUAAGGAUGAGGUGGGUGAAGUUAAAUCCUCUAGUUUCAAAAACAAGGAAGAAGAAAAGUCUGACUGAACACCCUGAAGUGCAGCCCCAGUGGAGCGUGACCAAAGAAAUUGCAGUUUAGAUGCAUUCUGAAGCAACCCAUAACCCUAAAUGGGCGAUUGUUUCAAUUGCUUUCUGUAUCUCCGGUUGUGGUCUGUAAAAAGUCUGUACAUUAUGUCUCACAGUUAACACAUUUACAUGCAGUUUGAUGAUUACCUACAAGUCAUAUGGAAUGGUUAAGCUGCAUCUUUUUGUAUCUUGCAAUAGGACAAUGUAUAAAGAAACUUGAGAUAUGAUAGCUCCCUUGUCUAAAUAUAAACCCCUGCCAUUU